GGCUCAGUCGAUACCAACAGCUCGGAGACAGAGUUGCUUCAGCUGUAGCGGCUACGUUGGCAAUAAUAAUAAUAACACCAACAAUUUUCUUACAAUUUAAAGCGCAGUUUACGAGUUUGAAUACUUACUAGUUUUACUCGCUCAUCGGGUGACUCGAAGUCAGUUGCUUCAGUGCCUUUUGCGAUCCAUCGGUUGCUGUUUUGUACCUCUUAAGUUCUGGUAGUGUUUGGUUGCCAGUUUUUACUUUUUUGACACAUUGUGACAAGACUUCGGAAAAAUGACUCCAACGCCGACGUUGCUGAGCAAGGAUGUACCCGACAUCGAAAAUCUCCUAAUCCUGAAUCCAAAGGUAAAGAAUUACACGAAUCUGGUACCGUCAGCGCAGACGAAAAGAAACAAGCAGCAUUGGAAGCGGAAUAUCGGGAAAAAAUGUGGCUCUUGUGUUCCACUGACGAAAAACUUCGACGAUAUAAAGCACACGACUCUGAGCGAGAGAGGUGCUCUUCGGGAAGCGGCAAGAUGUCUGAAGUGCGCCGAUGCUCCGUGUCAAAAAUCCUGCCCCACUCAGCUGGACGUCAAAAGCUUCAUCACCUCGAUUUCGAACAAAAAUUAUUACGGGGCUGCCAGAGCAAUUCUAUCCGACAAUCCCUUGGGACUUACUUGCGGAAUGGUCUGUCCCACUAGCGACCUUUGCGUCGGAGGAUGCAACUUAUUUGCCACAGAAGAGGGGCCAAUCAACAUUGGAGGACUUCAGCAAUUUGCCACUGACGUGUUCAAACAGAUGAGAAUUCCACAGACGAAAAUCCCAGGACAGACCAUACCACACGCUGACACCAAAAUCGCCUUGAUCGGUUGCGGCCCGGCGUCAAUAUCCUGCGCAACGUUCCUGGCGCGUUUGGGUUACGACGACAUCACGAUAUUCGAGAAAGAAUCCUAUGUUGGAGGAUUGAGUUCAUCCGAAAUUCCGCAGUACCGUCUACCCUACGAGGUUAUCCAGUUCGAAUUAGAUCUGAUGAAAGAUUUGGGAGUGAAAGUUGAGCAGGGGAGAAGCUUGUCUACGCAAGAUCUGACCGUUAAGGGGCUGAAGAACUCCGAUUACAAGGUUAUCUUCAUAGGAAUCGGUCUUCCGGAACCAAAAAUUAUACCUAUAUUCAAAGAUCUUACCGAGGAAAUGGGCUUCUUUACGUCAAAAACGUUUCUACCCAUGGUAGCGAAGAACAGCAAGCCGGGUAUGUGUGCUUGCAAGAGUACGAGCUUACCCAGUUUGCAUGGAAACGUGAUCGUCCUUGGUGCCGGUGACACGGCCUUCGAUUGCGCGACCUCAGCAUUACGCUGUGGGGCCAGGAAGGUCUUCGUCGUGUUCAGAAAAGGCUUCACAAACAUUCGCGCCGUUCCCGAAGAGAUGGACUUGGCUCGUGAGGAAAAGUGCGAAUUCGUACCGUUUCAAUCGCCAAAGGAGGUGAUCGUUCGAGGAGGCAGAAUCGCAGCUAUGGAAUUUUACCGUACCGAGCAGCUCGAUGACGGAGAAUGGAUCGAAGAUGAGGACCAAAUCGUUAGACUGAAAGCAGAUUUCAUCAUAUCCGCAUUCGGAUCUGGCCUUUACGCCACAGACGUCAAGGAUGCUAUGGUGCCAGUGAAAUUGAAUCGAUGGGGGCUACCGGAAGUGGACGUCAACACGAUGGCCUGUUCCGAGGCAGGUGUAUUUUUCGGUGGAGAUAUCGCCGGGGUUUCCGAAACCACUGUCGAAUCUGUUAACGAUGGAAAAACCGCCGCAUGGAGUAUUCACAAGUAUAUUCAGGAAUCCAACGGAAGUCCCGUGCCCAACGAGCCCCAGCUUCCUAAGUUUCAUUCGCCGAUCGACGAGGUCGACUUGAGCAUCGAACUGCUCGGAAUGAAGUUCGAAAACCCAUUUGGCCUGGCUUCAGCUCCACCAGCAACGACAAGCGCCAUGAUUCGCAGGUCCUUUGAAGCAGGAUGGGGCUUUGCUGUGACGAAAACAUUCGCCCUCGACAAGGAUAUGGUGACAAACGUUUCGCCCCGUAUCGUCAAGGGUGUAACAUCUCGGCAUCACUAUGGACCGGAGCAAGGCAGCUUCCUCAACAUCGAGCUGAUAAGUGAGAAAACAGAGGCGUAUUGGUGCAGCAGCGUCGCAGAGUUGAAGAGGGAUUUCCCUUCGAAGAUAAUCAUCGCCAGCAUAAUGUGCACUUACAACAAAUCGGACUGGACAGAACUGGCGAGAAAAGCGGAAGCUGCAGGCGCCGAUGCCUUGGAACUGAAUUUGUCCUGUCCCCACGGAAUGGGAGAAUCUGGAAUGGGACUAGCUUGCGGACAGGAUCCUGAGCUGGUAAGGAACAUCUCGAGGUGGGUAAGAGCUGCCGUGAAGAUUCCAUUCUUCGUAAAACUGACCCCAAACAUCACCGAUAUCGUACUAAUAGCAAGAGCAGCAUACGAAGGCAAAGCGGAUGGCGUAUCUGCAAUAAACACGGUAUCUGGUCUGAUGGGAGUCAAAGCUGACGGAUCGCCAUGGCCGGCUGUUGGAUCAGCAAAGGAAACAACGUACGGUGGAGUUUCCGGAAACGCGACGAGACCGCAGGCGCUUAAAGCAAUAUCAUCGAUAGCUCGCGCGCUUCCAGGCUUCCCGAUCCUGGGAAUCGGUGGAAUCGAUUCCGCGGAUGUUUCAUUCCAGUUUAUGCAGUGCGGAGCGUCGGUUUUACAGGUUGGAAGUGCCAUACAGAACCAGGACUUCACCCUCAUCGAGGACUACAUCACUGGAUUAAAGACUCUACUGUACCUCAGGAGCCUCGAGCAGGUCAAAGACUGGGACGGCCAGAGUCCACCGACGUUUAAACACCAGAAAGGAAAGCCUGUCGUGUCGCUCAAGCACGCGUUGGGAAAGGAGAUUCCUUACUACGGCGAAUACCAACGUCUUCGGGAGGAAAAAAUCGCGGAACUAAAAGCAGCAGCUGAUCUUCCAGGGUGUCCACCACCUCUUCUCAGACCAACACCUCGACCAGUCGCUGUAGUUCCGGCCCUGAAAGACAUUGUCGGUCAGGCUUUGCCUCACAUAGGAAGUUACAAGCAGCUGAACAAUAAGCAGCAGGUCGUUGCACUGAUCGAUGACGACAUGUGUAUAAACUGUGGCAAGUGUUACAUGGCUUGCGCGGACUCCGGGUACCAAGCGAUCACUUUCGACAAGGAGACCCACAUUCCACAUGUCACCGACGACUGCACUGGAUGCACCUUGUGUCUCUCUGUGUGCCCGAUCAUCGACUGUAUAAGCAUGGUUCCGAAGACCAUACCGCACGUGAUCAAGAGAGGAGUCGCACCGAAGGGAUACCAAGACUUGCCCAACGAUUUGCUGUGUCAAUAGUUUAUAAGCUCGAUGAA